AUGCAAUCCAGCCUUUUGUCACGAUUAGUACUUAUAACUCUGGUCGAGGGAUCCGCCUCCACAGACAGAAUAGCAAACAACACCACGUCGCAACACGAGGAAGGUUAUGUGGGAUUUGUUGAAGACCCUAGCGGAAGGGGAACUGCAUCCCUCGUAUUGUCAUGCCUGCUGACACUCGUUCUCUGCGUCUGGUCCGCUCUGCAUCUCAACGUGCCCGAAAAAAACCGCACCGCUAUCAAUGCUCUCUGGACAAAUCUUCGAUGGAUCGUUGCGGGCAUAUACUCUCCUGAGCUGGUUGUAUUUGCUGCCUGGCGUCAGUGGUGCUCAGCACGAAUGCUCAACGCUCACAUAGAAAGUCUAAUGCAGAACCGAAAGCACCAAAAACAGCAGAGCGCUGCUACCCAGAACCAGCAAGGUGACAAACUUGACGGCCAUACCUAUCCCACGGCUUCUUGGAGCAUGGCCCAUAGCUUCUUUUCUUGCGCCGGCGGAUUCGCCUUUGAACUCAACACGCUUACGGGCGCUCUAGUCACCGAUUCCGAUACAACAGACGGAGAAAGUCAUCGGUCGACUCGCCGCCGGAUUACCCGUAACCUUGCUGGAAGUCAACACGGUCGCCCAUGUACGCUAUUCGCCCAUCUGAACCUGUACUCCAAGACUCCAGAGCUAGAAACGCUACGCCUGAGAGUCACCGCGUUAUCUCCAGCGCAAGCAAGCGACGCCUUCAAACCCGUAUCAAUGGCCAGCCAGCACGAACCCAACGCACUUGAGCCUCAACUCGGGGAGGCAGUAAUACAGCAAGCUCCGGCUUCCUGCCUCAAAACGCUCGAAAGCAUGCGCCAAAAGGACUCGGGAACAGCAUUCUUCGAGCGAAGACCGCGCAUCUUCCAAGACCGCCCAGCAUUGGAGCAACCCUCCAAUUCCGAACUCAAACGCCGAGCCCUCAUUCAACAAGCACUCCGAUCAUACCCCAAUCUCCUAACCCACGACCGUGUGUUGCUCACCCACCAAGACCCAGGCUCUACCUCAUCCACAAACCCCCAUCACUGCAUCCACCUCUUGCGGGGACAACUCCUGGCCACGCACAUAAAAAACUGGCCGGGAAACGACCUUGUGCGCAACGUCAACGGUCUCAUUGUCGGCAUGAUACUUUGGCUCGCCAACCUUUGCUACGGAGGCUUCCACGCCGCUGCCUGGAAUGAACACUUCUCCUCAACAGCAGAAAAACACCUCUGGCGCUUCUCAGCGGCUUACAUAGCCUCCUGCGGUGGAUUCUGA